GCCAACCCGCAGAAGCUCUUCCUGGGCGGGCUGCCGUGGGAGACGGGCGAGGAGGUCAUCACCAACUACUUUGGGCAGUUCGGGCAGGUGCUCGACUGCAUGGUCCUGCGCGACAACUCGACGGGCAAGUCGCGCGGCUUCGGCUUCGUCACCAUGGCCACCGCCGACGUCGCCGCCAAGCUGCUCGAGAUGAACCACGAGCUCGACGGCCGCACGCUCACCGUCCGCCGCGCGACGGCAAAGAACGCUCAGCCGCCGCAGGCGCAGCAGGCGCAGGGCCAAGGCUGCUGCGCCAGCGGCGGCGCGGGCAAGAAGAUCUUCCUGGGCGGGCUCGAUCGCUCCGUCUCGGAGAUGAUGAUCCGCGCCGCGUGCGAGCAGCACGGGGUGGUGACGGACGUGCAGAUGAUGGCCAACACCGGCAACCCCAACGGCCGUGGCUUUGGCUUCGUCACCUUCACCGAGGCGGAGCCCGCGCAGCAGCUCAUCGCCGCGGGCUCGCUC